GCAAGUAAUAGAUGGAGAAAAGUCCGGUGUGUUUUGUAGACAGACAAACACUAGUAAUAUAAAUGAUUCUGUAUUCCUUAGUCCAUCGAAUAACAACAGUAUGAACAAUAUUCGCCGUGGUAUCGAUGAUGCUAACAAUAAAACAACUGGAACAAUGAACAGAACUCCGAAUAGAGACAUGGGUGGAUUAAAGCCGCCAUCAUUAAAUACUGGAAUAGAUUCUGGCAAUAAUAUGCUUACAGACAAACCAGUAGGUAGUAGCAUUGGCAGACAUAAUUCAAUGCGAUCGUUGGCUGCAUCUAAUCGACCAACAAGUCUAUCAAGAACAGCAAGUGUAAGUUGACCAACUCUCAUUUCAUGUCCUUUUCGCUUUCCACUCCCCACAAUCUGCUUAGCUAUUAUUUUUAUUUCCCUCCAAAGUUUAAGGAUUUCGUUUACUAUAAAUGCACAUAGUGAUUUUAGUGAGGGAAGGUCAAAAAGGCCAUAGCUUUCGUCAGUGUCCGCGACUAUGAAUCUGUAACCGGAUAAGACUUGGUAAGGGACCUUUUUGUUAGUGAGACUCACCGUAUUUAUACGUUUUUAGCUAUAUUUAUGGUCGACUAGAUCAACGGAUAAUAAACUAUUCUGAUUGGUUGUUAGUUUUCUGAAGGUCAAACUUUUGGGACGUGAAGUUGUCUACUGACAGUAGGUUGUUCUGAUUAGUUGUUGGCUUUUUAGAGGUUAAAUCUUGAGGUUGUUUCCUGACCACAACGUAGGCG